AUGGCCCUGGCGAGUGCCUUCCUGUCCAAUCCCUCCUUCAUCUCACUUAAUUUUAGAAAACACAGCAAACCUGGAGGGACUCUUUCAUAUCGCAGAAUUAAUGGCAAACUUAAUAAUUUCCCUCCUUCCUCUCAUCAAAGAAACUCCGCCAAUUACCAGCCUACCCCCUGGAGUUAUGACUUCCUCCAGUCCUUGAACAAUGGUUAUACGGAUGAGAAGUACGAUGCCAGAGAAAGGAUGCUGCUGGAGGAUGUGAGGAGGAUGAUCGUGAAUCCCAAUACUGAGCCAUUGCCAAAACUUGAGCUCAUUGACGAUGUCCAACGCUUAGGUCUUGGCUACCGCUUUCACAAUGAGAUUAAAGAUGCUCUUCAUAGUUAUGUCAGUUGGGAACAAAAACGUUGUCCAACAAAACAGUGCAGAAGGCUACAUGAAGCUGCUUUAAGCUUCAGACUCCUCAGAGAUCAUGGCUAUCGUGUCUCCCCAGAUAUAUUUGAGAGUUUCAAGGACCAAAACCGUAAUUUCAAUGCAUGCCAUAGCAGUGAUGUGAAAGGGUUGUUAAGUCUGUACGAGGCAGCAUUUCUGGGGUAUCGAGGAGAGCACAUUCUUGAGGAGGCCAAGGUCUUCACAACCACUCACCUCAGCGACAUGAUGAAGGAAAUUAUAAGCAAUGAUCAUUUGUGGGGACAAGCGAUCCGUCACGCCCUGGACCUUCCAUUACAUCGCAGAACACGAAGGUUAGAGGCGAGAUGGUACAUAGAAGCACAUGGUAAGAGGAAAAACGCAGACAAGGUCCUUCUCGAAGCUGCUAUACUGGAUUUUAACAUAGUACAGUCAACACUUCAAAGGGAUCUCCAAGAAAUGUCAAGCUGGUGGAAGGCGAUGGGAUUGGCAUCAAAGUUGAGCUUCAGCAGGGACAGGCUAAUGGAGUGCUUCUUCUGGGCAGUGGGAAUGGCGUCUGAACCUCAGCACAGUGAGCUCCGAAAAGCACUAACCAAAGUCACCUGUUUCAUUACCACAAUCGACGACGUCUAUGAUGUUUAUGGCACUCUGGAUGAACUCGAGCUUUUUACAGCCGCUGUUGAAAGGUGGGAUAUCAAUGCGAUGCAAGAUCUCCCAGAGUACAUGAAAGUAUGUUUCCUAGCUUUAUACAACACUGUCAAUAAAAUGACUUAUGAAGCCCUGAGAGAGCAUGGACACAAUAUACUACCCUACCUCACCAGAGCAUGGGCAGACAUGUUAAGAGCAUUCCUGCAAGAAGCCAGAUGGUCCCAUGACAAACACAUACCAUUAUUUGAUGACUACGUCAGAAACGCAUGGGUUUCAGUUUCAGGAGUAGUAAUCCUCAUCCAUGCCUAUUUCUUUCUCAAUCACAAUUUCUCAAAGGAGUCACUUCAAUCCUUGGACCCCCACCAUCGCCUCUUGCGUUGUCCCUCCGUUAUUUUUCGUCUCUGCAACGACUUGGCCACAUCGAAGGCGGAGUUAGAGAGAGGUGAAGCAGCAAACUCGAUCAUAUGUCGCAUGCACCAGAGUGGGGCCACUGAGGAGAAUAGCCACAAAUAUGUACGUAGUUUGGUGGACGAGGCUUGGAAGGAGAUGAACGAAGGAAGAGGAAUGGAGUCUAAAUUUUCCAGAGCUUUUGUCGAAACUGCAAUGGACCUCGCCAGAAUUUCCCAUUGCACCUACCAGUAUGGAGAUGGGCAUGGAGCCCCAGAUUCCACAUCUAUGAACCGCAUUCGAUUAUUAAUUGCAGAACCCAUUGAGCUCCCUGAGAAUAGAUAAGUUUGGGAAAAGGGAAGAAAUGGGCAUUGAAGAGUGAAAAGACACGCCAUGCAUAUCUUAAGCCCAAGCUAAUGCUAUCUCAACUUUAUUAUA